AUGCCUGAAAGUACUAAAGAACAAAUUACAUCACCUAAUGAUACCAAACCGUCCUCACAACCGCUUCCUAAUGGUAAAAAACAAUUACUGACAAACGUUGCAAAUUCUGCAACAAAUUUUCUUCACGCAAUUCUGCCAAUGGAUGGAAAAAGUACAACUGCAAACUUAUCUACCUUAGUGAAUAAUAUUACAAAUCAGAAGCCCAGUACUUCCUCAACAUCAGCCACAUCAUUUUUACAAGAAGAAUGGGUAACAGGACAAAUAUACGAAGACAAAUCACCUGAAAAGUUUGCUAAUCAUAGUGCAAGUCAAUCGUUUAAUACAGAUUUUAACGUUGAAGAAUGGGAAAAGUGGACCAAUUCUUCUGAGUAUUCUGAGCACAAUAAUCUUUUUGAAAUGUCUAAACAUAAAUAUCCUUUUCAUCAUCACUUUCAUAAUCAGGAUUCUCUUCAUAAUAGCUAUCAACAAGAUGGUAUCGAAGUCAUCGACUUCUUAAACUCAUCUGUUUAUACUGAUGAAGUAUACAAUCCUAUAUUUGAGGAUGAGAAACAAAUUUCUUCUGGCUCUUUCAACAAAUCUGAGUUUAAAUUGGAUGAAUUUUUGGAGACAGCAGAUAGUUUGAUAUAUUUAACACAAACAAGAUACACAUAUGACGUAUAUGGAAUGCCUUCAUUUUUUAAAAGACUAGUUGAUGAGGCAAGGGAUGAAAUUUUCAAUGAACGGGAUUCAAAAUGUUCAAGCGAAGAGACAAAUGAAAGUCAUCGUAGGACAGGGAUAGAACGGUUAAAAAUGGUGAGGGACCAUUUGGUUAAAAAAAAAGAACAGAGUACAGAUAAUGAGAUGCGCAAAUGGUUAGAUAAUUGGACUGAGAAAGACAUGGAUCAUCUUUGGAAUAAUUAA